AACGGGACCGCCCAAGAAAUCAGCUGCGGGAUUUAUAAUUGUGAAAUAGCGUGGAUUAUGGAAUACCUGUCGUACUUGCAAAAUUCCGAAAAUGACAAUGUUACAAUUGCGGAAGCACAUGAUUUACUUAAAAAACUGGUCUCCCUGAUCCAUGCGGAGUCAAGCAAAACAGAGCUUUCAAGCAUCAAUCAGGCUACAUUAAAUGCUGGAUUUCGAAUAUAUUAUCAUAUUCAGGAGAAGUUUGAGUUACCCGACGACUUCGCAGAUCUGCCACAGCAGUUGACUGAACCAAAUGCGUUCCUUCAGCUGUUCGCAGUUCUCCUGACCUCUCAGCAUGCUCGCCUGGAUGCGGAAUUGUUAGAGACGAAGUGCGUCGAGGCUAUCCUAAGAGCCCUCCAGCAAAACAGCUUGAGUUUGGUACCCGUUCUGAAGGCCACUAGCCAGUUGGUGCAGAAGUUUCCCAAACUUAAACUGCAGCCGCUGAAGCUGGAGCAUUUCUAUCAUUGCCUACAGUUACAGAGUCAGACGGGAUCGCGUGAAGAAACCCUCACUCUAUUCAGUCAUUGCUGCAAGCAGCGGGACCGCGCCUUCUUCUACUUUCGCGUCAUUGUCGAGUUUUGGCCUUGGACUAAUCGCAAUAAGUAUUACCUGCUAAGUGGCAUUCUUAAGUCGCACUCCUUGGCCGAUUUAUUAGCAGUCAGUGGACAGAGUGAAAGCGAAUUCUUUGCCGGACUGAGGCUUAGUCUGAGCUAUAAAGGUUUGUUGGCGGCCAGUCAGUAUCCGGUGAAGAGUCUAAGCAGUCAAUCGUCAUCUGGUCUACUCGCCUUAGCCGCAGACUUGCUCUCUAAUGGCAGUGUCGCAGAGAUCCAAAAUUUCUACUCGCAAUGGUUUCUUCGAAUUAAACAGCGCGAUGAGCUGUUCAUGCUGGUGGCAAAGCCGGAGAUUGUGGAAUUUUUGCAGAACACAGAUGCGACGCGAGGCAUAGACGAACAAUAUCGCCUCAUACUUAUCUUCAGCAUGUUUGCCAAGGAGAUUUAUGCCGUCUCCAAGCUGCACUUUUUUAAAAUCAGCACCGAACUUCUCACCAAUUGCAGUUCUUUCGAAACAGACGCUCAACUACUGAUUUUCAAGUUUCUGGUAAACAAUUUGCCCAACUUUGCUGUCGAGGAUUGUCUGGAGUUCUUUUAUAACUUUAUCGAGCGGCAUCGCAGCGUAGAAAGCAGUGAGUUUCGCAACACGCUGCUAGGCAAGAUGCCCACGAUAAUCAACCAUACUGCCAAACACUUUAAUAAGGCUGUAAAAGGUAGGGACAGCGCGGGCAGCGAUGCUCUGGCUCAUAACAUUGAACGCUUCUUUCGACAGCUGCAACUUCUUGUAGAGCAAGAUGUUCAAUCCGACCUCUACCAGCCCAAAAUUUUUGCACUGAAAAUGCUGGAUAUUUUAAAUAAGUCGCUGUAUGCUGAGAAUGUAUCAAAGAAUGCUAAAAUGUGCAGCACCGAGCAAAAUAAGCAGCUCGGCCGUUUUCUCCUCGACCAGAAAGUGUUUCAACCGGAAUUGGUUGCAGCUCAACUCUUUAAAUUGCUCCUAGACCCACAGGGCUUCGACGAUGCACUAGAGCUAAACGUGGAGCUGUUGCUCCAACUGGGACAUGUGAACACUGAUGAUUGUGUGGACCGUCUACUGACACUGUGCGCCAGCCAUGAAGUGGAUGAGUGCGCACUUGCCACUUUCUAUGCCCAACUGGCUGUGCGUAAUUUUAAUAAGGAGCAAGCGAGUGCAUUGUAUGAUAAGUGCUUCAACGAUUUGUCUGCAAAGCUAAAUGAUUUUGCAAAGGAUCCACUGCAAACGGCAAAAACUUCAUCUGGCCAUCUUUUUGGCCAUCUAUGUGUGCUGGAGCACCUCGUGAGCUCGGGUUAUGAUGUCCACUUGCCGGGCUCUGAACUGUUGACACUGCUAGAGCGCAUACUCAAUCUGGUACUGGACUUUCUCAAUGUGGCCAACGCCAGGAAGGCUGAGGAAGCCCCAGCGAUAGGCACUGUCGCUAGUUUUCAGGACAUGGACGAGAGCUUGCAAUUGCUAGUGCAGGAGAGCUCGUAUAAGACGUUGCCUGAGGAGGCCGAGGAGUAUCGCAAGUAUUUGCUCUUGAGCUUCUGGCUGACGUUGAAGGGAUGUUGCGACUUGGCCACAAGCGUGGGUUGUACUUUACUUUGGCAGGCUGGAGCUUCUAAUGCUGUGCCGCUACAGCGAUGCCUGCAAAUAAAUGUGGCUGUGCUUACACGUUGCCGUCACAAGGGCGCCAUUGAAGCCGCAGGUCUCAGCAUCGGAAAGUUGACGCGCGCCAUCACAAACGGUGUGUCCAGCGACGCAUCCGCUAUCCAGAUGCUCCACGACUGCCUGGAAAGUGAACUGCUCUCUGGAAGGCGUCAGGUGAGCACCACCAGACGUGGUGCCGGAUUUUCCAUCAUGUUUCUGCAUGUGGUCAAGAACGAGAAUCCACACGAUCGGCGGCUGCUUAAGCGAGUAAUGGAGUUGAUUCUACAUCGUUUGAAUUCGAAUCAAGCCUUCAUCGGCAGCGAUGAGUCGAGCUUCAAUCUAGAUCGUUGGGAAGCCUUGAUGCUGCAUUACCUUUGUGUGCUGGUGCGGGACACGGAACUGCGCGUUGCCAUGUCGAAAUACUACAACGAAAUUAUGCUACUAGCCAUGGCUCAUAUCGAGCACACCGAGUGGACAAUUUCCAAUGCUGCCCUACAGCUUUUUGGAGCACUUGUGCCGAAACUGGUGGGACAGCGUCAGGCCACACAGUUCGACACUCGUCCACCUUGGGAGCCGAGCGAGCUCAAUUACGAAGAGCUGUCCUGCCUCUUGCCUAAGGCUUGUGAGCACAUGCUUCGCUAUUGCAACGAAAGGCAGGCAACCUCAUCUAUCAUACUCUUCCUCGGCUUCCUGUCCAAAGUGGAGCACUUGCGAAUGAGCGCCCAGUCCCAAGGAGUUAAGGAACAGCUGCUGUCACGCUUUCGCAAGCUCAGCUGGAAACAUUUGCAGCAUAAAUGCGAGGAAGUGCGACAACUAGCAGCUACUUGCUUUGUACGUGCCCACGAAUUUCGUUGCGAUCUGCCGGCAGCAUUGCUGAACAUUGCCAAGCUGGCUGCUCAAGUAACGGAUGACAACUUCUACGAAGGCCUCAUCUACACACUACACGCCGGCGUGCUCAAGCUGGAGCAUGAGGCACGACAUGUGUGGCCAGCAACGCGUUUAUCCAGUUUUAAGGAACAGUUGCUGGUCGCUUUACGAGUCACACAAGAUGGGAUCAAGCAUUUAAAAGAUUACACUCUGCGUGUAUUGCUGGAACUUUUGGAACUGCUGCAGGCUGAAAAGGAGUUGGAAAUUGUGCAUCAAGUGCUGAGCAGCAGCAAUCUUGAGGCGGAGGAGCAUGCCAUGCAGGCCAUCACAAUUAAGUAGAAUAUAAGAUUGACAGCCAGACAGCCUUUGUGCCUACUGAUAGGCAAUUCGGUUUGUAAAGGAAACUUGCCCUCGCCAAAGUUUAUUUAUGUGCACAGAAAUUGACUAAGUAGUGUAAUUCUAACAAUUUAAACCAAUUAAGUAAUUAAAGUUUUUAGUUUAUACUACUUACGGUAGCAUUAAACACAACA